AUGAAGUUCACCAUCCCAAUACAUCAAAUUUUGGCCCAAGUGAAGGAUAAGCCCUGGUUGAGGAGAUCACCACAUUUGAAGGGAGAUCCUAACAAGAGAAGUACCAACAAGUAUUACGCCUUCCAUGGAACACAUGGGCAUGACAUAGCCAACUACCGAUCUUGGAAGAUGCACCUCAAAAAGAUCAUAAGAGAAGGUCACUGCACGGAGUUCAUGGUUAAGAAAGCCAUCCAGCAGAUCGAGGAUCGGGAUGCCAUCAAGGAGCCCCCACAGAAGGUCAUAAAGAUUAACAUGAUCCUACCUCACUCCAAGAAAUUCGGACUGACCAGCAAGGAAAAAAAUAGGAAGAUUAAACAUGCCAUUGUUAUCUCCCAAGUCUUAACUAGCUGCCCAACAAUUGAAGACGGUCCCGUGAUUGGCUUCCAAAAGAAAGAUUUAAGUAGGCUUGAUAUGCCGCACAAUGAUGCCCUCAUCAUAAGCAUCUAA